GCCAGCGCUCGGGGGAUGGGGCUCUGCCCUGGGCUAAGGCUCUUUCCCAGCUGCUGCUCCCCGCACAGCGGGCUCUGUCACAGGGGCUGUUUCCUUCCCUUCCUGACACAGCCCUGGUGCAGUCCCAGCCCCAUGGGUCUUAUGGCACCGGGGUGACUGGCCGCUCUCACCUCGGGCUCUUGGAUGUGCCUGUGGCAGGACAUGCUCAGUGCUCCUGGUCCACACUCAGAGCUCAAGGAGUAAAAAACUGUUUCCCCCACUACAACCAGCCCUGUCCUGUGAUGUUCUACCAUUGCAGUGCUGUGACACCUGCAGCAGAGCCGUCCCUCAUAUAUGGUCAUGAACAGCGCUGGAGAAGUUCAUUGGAGGACUGGGCCGUGUCGGAGGGGAGAUAGCUCCCGAUAAUGUCUAAAAAGGUGCUGCUGCUUCAAUUGGCUCCUCCUGUAACCGGGGGGCAUCUGCAGAGAUAUAUUGCCCUUCCGUCAUCAUUGCUCCCACGAGUCCCUGGAGCUGUGGCAGGGAGUGCGGCACAGAGGGAUGUGCCAUCAGGGCAGGAGGCUCAGGAUGGGCACAGAGGGACUCGUGUCCCCUCAGACGCUGUGGCUGCUCCUCUGGGUACAGCUGUGCAGGGGUGCUGUGGAGGUGAGGCUGGCGGAUGGCGGCGGGCUCUGUGCCGGGAGAGUGGAGGUGAAACACCAGGGACAGUGGGGGACCGUGUGUGGUGACUACUGGGGCAUGAACGAUGCAGCAGUGGUUUGUAAGCAGCUGGGCUGUGGGUCUGCUGUCGGUGUUCACUGGUAUGGAUACUUUGGGCCAGGAUCUGGCCCCAUUUGGAUGGAUGAUGUCAGCUGUGAUGGCACCGAAUCCGCCCUGUCCGACUGCAAACAUGAAGGAUGGGGUGAACAUAACUGUGAUCAUGAUGAGGAUGCUGGAGUGACGUGUUCAGGAUUUGUCCGUCUGGUGGACGGGAAGAGCCGCUGCUCAGGACGUGUGGAGAUCCGUGAUGGGAACCAGUGGAAAACUGUUUGUAGUUCCCACUUUGGCCCCAAGGCUGCUGAGGUGGUCUGCAGGGAGCUGCAGUGCGGCGUGGCCCUGCCUGUGUCUGGAGGAGGUCACUUUGGAGAAGGGGCUGGUCCCAUGUGGGAUGGAGAGCUGCAGUGUGUGGGGAAUGAGUCCCUCCUGUCCUCCUGCCCCACGGGGUCCUCCAGGGACCAGGCCUGCCCCCAGAUGAACAGCGCUGCUGUCAGCUGCACACAGUACACAGGGUUCAGGCUGGUGAACGGCAGCACAGCGUGUGCGGGGAGGGUGGAGGUCCAGGUGCUGGGGACCUGGGGAACCGUCUGUGCCUCCCGCUGGGAUCUCUCGGAUGCCCACGUUCUGUGUCGUCAACUCAACUGUGGGUUUGCUGAGUCCGUUCCUGGAGGAGAGCAUUUUGGGAGAGAGACUGGCCCUGUCUGGAGAGACUCAUUCCACUGUGACGGGACUGAAUCUGACCUGGGACAGUGCCCAGUGGUCACCCUGGGGGCCUCCCCGUGCUCCCCUGGGAACAACGCUGCUGUCAUUUGCUCAGGCCCAGCCGACUCUGCAUCCCUGCGGCUGGUGGGCGGCGGGAGCCGGUGCGACGGGCGAGUGGAGAUCUUCCAGCGCGGGACGUGGGGCAGAGUGCUGGACGACCAGUGGGACGUGCGGGAGGCCAGCGUGGUGUGCCGGCAGCUGCGGUGUGGAGAGGCAGAAAAAGCCUACAGCCCCCCAAAGCCUGAGCGAGGGACGGGCCCCGUGGGGCUGCGAGGGGUCCGGUGCGCAGGGCAUGAGGCCAGCCUGACCCUCUGCAACACCUCCCUGCCCGGGAGUGCCCUGUUGGGAGGGGUUGUGGAGGACGUGGGAGUCAUUUGCUGGGGGAGCCGGCGGGUCCGGCUGGUGAACGGGCCCGGACGCUGCGCAGGGAGAGUGGAGAUCUACUACCAGGGCAGCUGGGGGACCGUCUGUGACGAUGGCUGGGACCUGUCUGAUGCCGCCAUCGUUUGCCACCAGCUGGGCUGCGGAGGGGCGGUGGAGGCGGCCGGCUCCGCUCGCUUCGGGGAAGGCUCCGGGCAGAUCUGGCUGGACGGUGUGAACUGCUCCGGGGCCGAGGCUGCUCUCUGGGACUGCGCUGCCGGGCCCUGGGGGCAGCACAACUGCGGGCACAAAGAGGACGCGGGUGUCAUGUGCUCAGAGUUCGUGGCCCUGAGGCUGGAGAACAGUGACGGCUGCUCCGGGCGCCUCCAGGUUUUCUACAAUGGGACAUGGGGGAACGUUUGCUCCAACUCGAUGACUCCUGACACGGUGUCGCUGGUGUGCAAGGAGCUGGGCUGCGGGGACGGAGGAUCCCUGGAAGCAGGCCUGCCCUAUGGCAGGGUGUCUGGCACUGCCUGGCUGGAUUACGUGCAGUGUGAGAAGGGAACCAGCUCCUUCUGGCAGUGUCCAUCCACCCCCUGGGACCCACAGUCGUGCGAUGACCUGCGAGAAGAGACCCACAUCACCUGCAAUGAAAUGCCCCCAGAGCCUUUGGCCCCGUGCCCCAACUCCAGCAGCUGCACAGACAGGGAGAAGAUCCGUGCCGUGGGAGGCGAGGACGGGUGCUCGGGCAGAGUGGAGCUCUGGCAUCGCGGCUCCUGGGGGACAGUGUGCGAUGACUCCUGGGACAUGCGGGAUGCCCAGGUGGUGUGCAGGCAGCUGGGCUGUGGCCCCGCGGUGUCUGCCCUGCAUGAGGCUGCUUUUGGGGUGGGCCAGGGCCCCAUCUGGCUGGAGCGGGUGGAGUGCCGGGGGAUGGAGUCGUCUCUGCAGGACUGCUGGGCCCGGCCUGGGGAUGGACGUGCUUGCCGGCAUAAGGAAGACGCUGCCGUGCGCUGCUCGGCUGCACCCAGGACAGCAGCAUCCCCACCCCGAGCAGAUCCCACCCGGGGCCGUCCGACUGUCAGUGGGGGAAUCUCAGUGCCCGUCAUCAUCUGCAUCAUCCUGGGGGCCCUUCUCUGCCUGCUCCUGGCCCUGCUGGCCAGGCAAGCGCUCAGGGCCAGGGCUGGGCGCAGAGGCUCCAGGACAGCCCAGGAGCUCUUCCCCGAGGCCGUGUACGAGGAGAUCGGUCACAGCCCAGCAUGGGAGAAGCAGGCAAGAUUUGGUUGCUCAGAUGUUCCUGUUCUGCCUGGGGGUGACCCAGUGGAUGGCUAUGAUGAUGCCAGGGAGGUUUCUCUCCCUGGGGAGGACGAUACCCCUGGACAGCGAGCUCGGGAAAUGCCCAGGAUGCCAGAGGAGGGAGCAGGACCCAGCGGUGCACCCAGAGGGGGCAGCCUGUGCUCCCAGAGAAGUGCCGGGGUCCCUGGAGCUGAAGGAGACACCGCGUCCCUGUCCCUGGGGAGCAUGGGCUAUGAUGACGCUGAAGAGAUCUCUCUGGCACAUCUGUGACACACAAAGGCUGUGACAGAGCUGGGUGCACAGCAGUCCCUGAGCCCCCGGCCAGGAGAGCCCGUCCCUGCUGUGCAGGUGGGUGCAGCCGGGAGGGAGGAGAGGUCCGUGCAGCUGGGAGAGCCGCGAGCACCGGGAACCACCUCCCUUUGCCCAUGGGCAGCACAAACAGCACAGAGUUUCCUCUACUUUCCCCUUUUUUCCACUGUGUAUCAUAUUUGUUCUUAUUAAAAGUGUCAGUGGACUUUGACUUGGAGCUGGUUUGUGUCUGCCCAGGCAUCAGGAAAUCUUCCUGAGUUUGAUCAGGGGCAGCAGAGACCAAAAAACACCCCUGGGGUGGUUUCCAUCCUGCUUGCCACAGGCAGUUUCUAGUCAAAAUGACUCUCUAACAGGUCCUAUGAUGCUCCCCAGUGCCCAUCUCUUCACCCCGAGAUUCCCCAGCUGCUCUUUCCCCCAGGCCCUGCCUGGGCCAGGCUGGUCCCACAGUGCAGAGCCCA